CACUGGAAGGUCUACAGGUGCAAGUAUUGGUUGAAUAGUGCUCUUUUUUAUGAGACGGUGUUAGUAUUAACACUUCGAAAUGUUGGCUAAUGCAUACCCUGGAUUCCUUUGAAUUAGGGCGUUUCUAAACGACUAGGAUUGUCAAUUAUUUAGUUACCCGGAAAUAUUAGACCGCCAUAAAAAUGGCGGAGCUGCAACGUGCCAAUACUGACGUCGAUGACGUCAAAGAUGACGUCGAAAAUGUGCCGAUAGAAAUCAACGGUACCAAUGACAUGAUAUGCGCGAAUUGUCACGCGCAGGGGGAAGAAUCGGGUGCCGUCGGAAUCUGCAAGGACUGUCGCUUCUAUUUAUGCAGCGACUGUGUCACCAUUCACCGGAAGUCGAAAGAUACUUCCGAUCAUCAAAUCGCUUUCUUCUACUGCGCGACUAAAAUGGCGGUUAACAAACUGGUGCGCGCUAACUCGUUCUGUCUGGACUGUGGGCAUUUCCUGUGUGAUAAAUGUAAGGUAGACCACCGAGGGUUCCGCAUAUACCGGAACCACACGUUUAUCGGCGGCCGGGCGGCGCCUGGAGUGGUAUUUGACCACGACGGAAGCUCACACAGAGGUCUUCUAAGAUCGCGUAGCAUGAGCUGCCCGCGGUCAAGGGGUUCCAGUCGAUCAAAUUCAACACGCCGAAAGUCGCCAACCGACCGGAAGUCCCCGUAUCUAAGCAAGAUGGCCAUCGACGGCGGUCUGGAUCAAAAGACGGUUGAAGUUUCUGUAAAAGAACCGCUCCACAAACGGACGCUCAUCAGUUCGACCGUGGGGCGCCAGCCGCUCAAUGACGCUUCGCCCGGAAAACCUGUGUCAAUGGGAGAUAAUGGACGCCAGAGAGAGGCUAAGAAGGUGCGGUACGAGAUCGACCAAGUGGCAUAUGCGGCUCAGGUGGUUGGGGAGUUUCCAGCGCGCGCCUCCGUGGACCAGCGACCAUGUCACAUUAUUUCUUCCAUUUUCUUGGACAACGAUAAACUCGUGGUGGCUGACCAGGCAAACAGGAAUAUUAAACUUUAUGACAAUGACUUUCAAGUCAAAGGUGUCAUGGCGGUUGAGAAAUUUCCGGUCGCCAUGUGUCCAUCAAACAUAAGUUCAUCAGAAAUGUUUGCCUCGUCCGGUAACUUGAUCUGCACAAUAAGUGCUUUCAAAACCCUCCAACUUUUAAAAACGUUUAAGACGGAAAUACGAAAAAUAGAAGGCCUGGCAACCUGGGCGUCGGGCGUCGCCGCUCUUUUCCAGAACGUGAAAUCAAAACAAGACAGGAAGGGGCAUCUGGAGGUGCAUCUCUUUAACUCAGAGGGACGCGUUCUUUACGAGAUCGUGGUAAGUAGCCAAUGCAGCGUCCGCCUAGUGACGCCAGUCUGGUACCUGGCGUCCGCGCGAGGCGGUUCCGAGAUCCUCCUGUCAGACACGCUACAUAACCGGAUAUUGAGCAUCGACGUAGUCCACUGGCAGGUGGGGUUCGUGCUCCGCGGUCGCGAGAAGGGCGGCGCUCCCGGUAGUCUCGCAGUGGAUGUGGAAGGAAACAUGCUGGUGUCUUGGUAUGGGGAGGUGCACAAGGUGUCUCCUACUGGCCAGGAUUUGGGUGUUCCGGUGUCCAGGCUGCCGAAGGACGCUGUGCUCUCCUACAACCCGCGAGCCCGCCGACUUGUGGUCCAUGGCGCCAAGGGGAACAAAUCGAACUCCAAGUUCACCGUCUACCAACUAUGAAGCAGUGAUUUAAGCGUUCUAUGUCUCCUAGGACAAAUACGACAAAUAAUUCGUUCAACUCACAGCCUCGCCGCCAAGUAGUCAGUGGCGGUCAGAACCUACUAGCUGUUCUGUAAUACAUAAGGACUGAACAUAAUUUUUUGUAAAAGCGGACAUUGAGACUAGGAUGGGCUGUGUUCAAUACAUGAUCUAAAAUUGAUACGAACUAUUUUAUAGAAUAACUAAUUAACCUGGCGUGUACAUUUUUUAAAUGAAUGUUUGUGAAUUUCUAAAUGUGUUUUGUUACUCUAUUACUGCGCAUUAAUUUUUGUUCCAUGUUUAACACUUUUUACAUGCUUGUUUUUCUUUUCUUUUUAAAAUGCUCUAAACGAUGUCGUAGUUAUGGUUUAUUGAAUAUAUUAACAAAGUAUGAAUAAAACAAAUGUAUAAAAUA